AUUUAUACUGAGCCGAGGAUCCGAUUUGGCAGAGUGGAGAAGAAACCGUUGAGACUGUAGAAGAAAAGGACUGAGCGAGCGAACGAGCUACUCAGUCAACACUCACCGCCAUUCCAAUGUUCCAGCCCAACCACCACCAGAAUUGAAGCUUCUGGGGCUAUUAAAUGAGCGUCUGAUUGAAACCAUGGAGCCACAGCCACAGCCACUGGCAGUUAUGGAUGUGGAUCAGAGUGAGAUGAGUAUAGUUCAAUGGGAUGGGACACAAAAUGGGGGAUUUUCACAAGCUCAAUCCAUGAUGCUUAACUCUAAGAAACUUCAAGAUGAUCUACAAAACUUGGGGCUGAAAAUCAAGCAGCAUGAGAACAACUUAAAACUUCUGAAGAAUCAAAAGAACAAACUAGAUGACUCUAUUCUUGAUACACAAGUCACUCUUAGCAAGUAUCAUUCUUCUGCUGCAACGGGAACUGAAAAUGAAGAGCGUACCUCCCAGAGUGAAGAGGAAACAAUUAAACAAAUUCUACAGUAUGGGCCUUCUGCUGCAAGCAUUUGGUGCCAGUUGAGAGCAAAUCACACAUCAUAUGCCUCAUAUCCUACAUUGACCAAAGAUGUGAUUGGAAUUGUCGCUACACUUGGUCGAGUAGAUGAUGAUAAUCUUAGCAGGAUGCUGUCUCAGUAUCUAGGAGUAGAGACUAUGUUAGCAAUUGUAUGCAAGUCCUAUGAAGGUGUGAAAGCUCUGGAGACAUAUGACAGGGAAGGCCACAUUAAUAAGGAGUCUGGUAUUCAUGGUGUGGGUGCUUCGUUUGGGACAGCUUUGAAUGGUUCAUUUUCCGUCAUUUGUCUUGAAGAUUUGAGGCAGGAAUCCAAAUUUUUGUUUUACAGGCCUUACUGUGGUGAAUUUGUUCUUGAUGACCCCCAAAGGAGGUUGGACCUUCUGAAGCCAAAGUUGUCAACUGGGGAGAGUCCUCCUGGAUUUCUUGGGUUUGCUGUGAAUAUGAUAAACGUGGAAUACAUGAACUUGUUUUUCCUCACAUCUAGUGGACAUGGCCUCAGGGAGACUCUGUUAUAUAAUAUCUUCUCUCGGUUGCAAGUUUAUAAAACAAGGGAAGAUAUGUUACUUGCUCGUCCUUGUAUAAGUGAUGGAGCCAUUUCCCUGGAUGGAGGGAUGAUCAGGCAUCCAGGUAUCUUUUCCCUAGGCAGCUGGAAGGAGAUGAAUAUAAGGUUCCCAAGAUCGUCAGCGUCAAGUGCUCCUAGCAAGUAUAGUGAAACAGAGAAGCAACUCAUGGAGAUGCGAUGGAAGAAAGAGAAAAUGGAAGAGGAUAUGAAGAGGGAACAAGCUUUACUGGAUGCUGCGAGGCACCAGUUCCAAAGGAAGAAGGAAGAGUUUGUCAAAUUCCUUGCUGAAAGCUCAUCAUAUGCAGCUCAGCAACCGCAUAUGCAUCCAAUGCAGCAGCAGCAGCAGCAGCAACAGCAACAGCCCAUGCAUCCGAUGCAGCAGAAUCACUUCAUGAACAGAUGAUCUCCUUGGAUGGAAGAAAUCCUAAUCACAGGAGGACAACCGUGGCGAAUGUUUUUGUCUUCUGUAUGCACAGAAUUCACCGUCCAAGCCGUGCUGCUUCCAACUUUACUCCUUGUGCCGAGAAAUGUGCUGCGAAUUCUCCUCAGAAGAGUUAGUCGGCAUCGUUUCUCAAGAACUAGGAAAAGUCGUGCGGAAAUCUCUCGUGUUAUGGUGUCGAGACAAAGCAAAAGCUUGCUUCCCAGGGUAUUCAAAUGGGUAUCCCUGUCCCAGCCAGGGCGUUAUGAUGUUGGUCUUCCUCUAGACUCUAGUUGUAUGCCCUUUGGCUCUUGCUUUAUAUGUUUUUCGAUCAGUACCAUCGAUUUGGAUGUGGCUUUUGCUGUUGGUGGUAUGAAAUGCUCCUUUGUUUAGGAAAUUAGUGUUCGAUAGU